AUGAUUGCAGCACUGAAUAGGUGCUCAAUCUCCUCCAGCGAAUUCAGCGGCGCUUUCGCGUCCUUCGACCGCGACAGCGAUGGCAAGAUCUCGGCGGCCGAGCUCCGGCUCUGUAUGAAGGCCACGCUCGGCGAAGAUCUCUCGCCCGAGGAUGCCGCGGCGCUCGUGUCGUCGGUCGACACCGACGGCGACGGGAUGCUGAACGAAGAAGAGUUCCUGAAGCGGGUCGACGUGGAUAGCAUGGAUGACAAGGAGGAGGAGAGGUGCGGGGGACUGGAGGAAGCGUUCGGGAUGUACGAGAUGAAAGGCGAAGGCUGCAUCACGCUGCUGAGCCUGAAGCGGAUGCUGAGCAAGCUCGCCGCGCACCAGGACGUCGACGAGUGCCAGGCCAUGAUCUGCAGGUUCGACCUCAACGGAGACGGGGUGCUCAGCUUCGACGAGUUGAAGACUAUGAUGCAUCACUGAAAGUGUCCUCGGGCGUCGCGGUUGGUUGUCCGUCCUGUAUACGUACGAGUUGUAUUGGUUUGUUCGUUUCGUUUCUGGUGUUCUGCGCAUUUCGUUCAGGACAGAACUGCA